UCCCUUCACAUUUCCACCCUAAAACCCAAUUAGGGAUUUGAGUGGCGCACCCUAUAAAAUCACUGUGUACAUGGCUAAAAUGAACCGGAGGCGCACAUAGCUCUCAUACCAAAAAAAAAAAAAAAAAAACGACAAAAAACAUUCUCAAAAGAAAAGCCAUUAAAGCUUUCUCUUUUACCUUCCCUUCUCUUCUCUCUCUCUAGAAAACCAGUGUGAAAAUCUCAAAGCUUUUUUCUUUUUUGUCACCGGAAAUGGCAGCCAAAGGUAGCUCAAGCCUUUGAAAUCUCACUCCAAUUCCCAUUACUGCUUCAAAAGCUUAAAAGCUCAAAGCUCAAAGCUUCAAAAUCCAAUUCAAAAGGCUGUCGUUUCGUUGCCGACCAACCAAUCCAUGUCGUCCGAUAUCAGCUAAAAAAACUUAUAGUUCUAUCUGGCGCUCAACAAUCGAAACGAAUCGUUCUGCUAUGUCGAAUUCUCGAUUCCAAUUGCCAAUGGACAACCGUUCGAAUGACGAAAACAGAGCGGCCGAUCAUUCAUUUUUAGUGUCUGUGAGUUUUUGAAACGAUUUUGAAGAGCUCUUGGGGAUUAGGGUUGUGGUGAUCGGUUUGGGGGAUGGGUAGGGAUCGGCUGCUUCUGCCGACGGUGGGACCGCCGAUAAAGCGGCGAGCGGGGUUGCGUAGGAAGCAGGCUGGAAGAGGGUCGUAUAGAGGGAGUUAAAGGGGCUUAAGCUUUGGUUUUUGUUGUGGUUUUGGGAGGGGAUAGUGUUUCUUUGGGUGUGUGUUAGAAGAGAACGGUGAGAGAUAGAUAGAGUGAGAGACAGAGAGAGACAGAGAGAAAGAGAUGGGUGGUGGUGCUGAAUUGCAGGGAGUGCUGAGGACCCUCUGUGACAAUACGGAGUGGAAGUACGCUGCGUUUUGGAAGCUCAAACAUCGCACUCGGAUGGUGUUGAUGUUGGAGGAUGCUUACUAUGACAACCAUGAGCAACAUGACUCUUCGCAUGAUCCCCUAGGAUUAGCCGUGGCAAAGAUGUCGUAUCAUGUAUAUUCUCUGGGAGAAGGGAUCAUUGGACAAGUCGCAGUAACCGGAAAGCAUCAGUGGAUCUUUGCGGAUAAGCAUGUGAGGGAUUCCUGCUUAUCAUUUGAGUACUGCAAUGGUUGGCAAACUCAAUUUUCAGCAGGGAUCAGGACCAUUGUCGUUGUUGCUGUUGUCCCACAUGGAGUUGUGCAGCUUGGCUCUUUGAAUAAAGUCAUUGAAGAUGUGAAGCUGGUGAAUCAUGUUAGAGAUAUCUUUUUGGAUCUUCAAGAUUCCGCUAUAGAGCAUAUUCCUUAUCCAAUACAAUGUAGUAUGAAGAAUUUAUUACAUCUGCAAGAUAUACCGACAAAGAGUUUCGCUUCAGAGGUGAUUCCUGAUUGCUUGGAUAAAGCCAUAGACAAAGAAAGGCAAGAUGUCUGGUUGUCCAUGCCUCCAUAUUUUGGGAAAGACAGGGAUAGUUCUGUUUUUUAUCAGAAAAAGGCAGUUGAAGUGGUCAAUGGGCAUGGAGGACUUGACUUAUCCACAUCAGGAGGCGACGAAAGUGCCCGAUUGAAUUUGUCCAAAUCUAAUAUUAUCAAUUCGGAGCACCAGAAACUAGUAGGGAUGGGAGUGUCCAAUGCCAGGAAAUGUGGAGUGGAGAUUAGUGGCUGCAAAGAUACGAGGGUGGGUUUGGAUCGCUAUGUCAGUUCAUUGUCAUGCAGUUCUGCUACAGAUAGUGUUAACUUAUAUGAUGUUAUGCUUCCAGCUGGAAAAGUUGGAGUUGAUUUGACAUGCUUAUCUUCAGGCCUCCUUGACUCUGCUAUUUGUGAAAGAUUUAAGUUGGAUGGUACAGAUUUUUAUGAAAAUGCUUUGUCACAGAUACCUGAAUCUUCAGACAUGAAAUUCCAGAAAGAUUUGGAAAAGUUGGACUUUCAAACUGAAUCAAGUCACAUGGAUAUAUUGAACACAUCUUCGAAUUUCCCCGCUGGCUGUGAGCUCCACGAAGCACUUGGACUAGCUUUUCUCAGAAAGAGUAAUUAUUUUGAUUGGGAAGCAGAGAGGGCUGAAGAUAGAACAGCUAUUGAUAUGCCAGAGGGGAUGGACAGUAGCCAGUUGACAUCGGACUCUCACACUGAUCAUCUUCUAGAAGCAGUAGUUUCCAAUGUUUGCCAAAGUGUUAGUGAUGUUAAAAGUGAGAAACUAUUAUCUAAACCAGUGCAGUCUCUGUCAACAAUUGAAGUUAAUCCAGAGCCUUCUAGUCACACUACCCAUACUAUUACUUCAGCAGGUUAUUCAUUGCAGCAGUCCUCUCUUGUAGAGGAGGACAAAGAGCAUGGCUUGAGCUCAUCAGGGGUAUGUGGUGUGAUAUCCCCAACAGGUUUUUCAUCAAAUUGUACAAGUACGUGUAGUGAGCAGCUGGAGAGGUCUUCUGAACCAGCUAAGAACAACAAAAAGAGAGUCAGGCCUGGUGAAAGUAGUAGGCCUAGGCCCAGGGACAGACAAUUGAUCCAAGAUCGUAUUAAGGAGCUGCGGGAACUGGUGCCUAAUGGAUCAAAGUGCAGUAUUGAUUCACUGCUGGAACGUACGAUCAAGCACAUGCUCUUUCUGCAAAGCAUAACAAAGCAUGCAGACAAGCUACAUAAAUGUGCCAAUUCAAAGUUGCAUGACAAGGAAACAGGCAUGGUAGGAUCCUCUAGUUUUGAACACGGUUCGAGCUGGGCAGUGGAGGUGGGAGGUCAUCUUAAAGUUUGUUCAAUUAUAGUAGAGAAUCUUAACAAGAACGGACAGAUGCUUGUAGAGAUGUUGUGUGAGGAUUGCAGCCAUUUUCUUGAGAUAGCAGAAGCCAUUAGAAGCUUGGGUCUGACAAUCUUAAAAGGUGUAACAGAAGCCCAUGGCGAGAAAACAUGGAUAUGUUUUGUGGUUGAGGGCCAGAACAACAGAAGCAUAUACAGAAUGGAUAUAUUAUGGUCCCUUGUUAAAAUAUUGCAACCCAAGAAACCAAUAAUGCAGCAAUGAUGGCUGAUCGACGCUUGGAGAUUUUCAUGUAGGCUUCUAUGUAAGAUAGUGUGAGUUGUAUGUGAUUUUUAGUAGGCUUUUCUGGUCUUUGGCUUUUGUUUGAACUCCCCCCUUCCAACCCUCUAAAAAAAAAGAUGAGAAAAAAAGAAAAUCUGAGGAAGAUGGAAAGAAAACCAGCAAUUCUGUGAAGAGCAUUUUCUCUCUCUCAACUUUAUAGUGCGUGAAGAUGGGCAUUUGUUGUCUUCCCUCUAUUUGCCGCUUGAAAAAUUUGUUGUCAUUUAUUUGGAAGUUUGAUUCUUGAAAUAAAAAGUCCUGAAGGAGUAUCUUAAUGUC